AUGGCAGGCAGACACCCAGUCCAGAUUCCUCCAGUCCGACCACUGUACCGGUUCGCCGCCACUGGACUUGGCGCCAGCAUGUGGUUUUUCUUGAUGUACCGGGCGAAGCAAGAUGGCGCCGCGUUACUCGGAUUGAAACACCCCUGGGAUCAUUGA